AUGAAACUGGAGCUCGUCUUCAUACCAUCACCCGGUGACGGCCACAUCCGGCCAUUAGUGGAGGUUGCUAAGUUUCUUGUCGACCUUGACGACCAUAUCUCCGUCACCAUCCUCAUCAUCCCUCAAAUGGUCGGAUUCAGUAGCGGAAGCUCUUCCUCCUACAUCGACUCUCUCUCCACCGCAUCUGAAGACCGCCUCCACUACAAUGUUCUCUCCGUCACCUAUAAACCAAAAUCCGAUGACCCCAAAACCAAUUACUUCUCCUACAUCAAUAGCUUCAAGCCACAGGUGAAGGCCUCGGUGGAGAAACUCACUGACUCAGCCCAACCCGAGUCCCCGGUGCCGUCUCGGCUCGCUGGAUUCGUGGUGGACAUGUUCUGCAUGGCGAUGAUUGAUGUCGCCAACGAGUUCAGCGCUCCGAGUUACCUGUUUUACACCUCCAACGCAACGUUUCUUGGGUUGCAGAUCCACACUCAGUACCUUUACGACGUUGAGAAAUAUGACGUCAGCGAUUUGAAAGAUUCGGAGAUAACCGAGUUGGAGGUUCCGAGUUUGAGCCGUCCUUAUCCGGUUAAGUGUUUCCCCUCCGUGAUGUUAAACAAGGAGUGGAUGUCGGUUCUAGUUAGCACUGUCAGAAGAUUCCGAGAAACUAAGGGUAUUUUGGUCAAUACGUUUGCUGAGCUGGAGCCUCAAGCUAUCAAGUUUUUCUCAGGCGGAGAUAAUUCUCUUCCUCCGGUGUAUCCAGUGGGACCAGUUUUGAAUAUCAAAAUCAACGGUCCAAAUUCGAUGGACGAUAAGCAGUCGGAGAUCCUACGGUGGUUGGACGAGCAACCUCGUAAAUCCGUCGUGUUCCUCUGUUUUGGAAGCAUGGGAGGAUUCCGUGAGGAUCAAGCAAGAGAAAUUGCGAUUGCGCUUGAGAGAAGUGGUCAUCGGUUCGUUUGGUCUCUUCGCCGUGCUAAGCCAAAGGGAUCGAUGGGACCUCCCGGAGAGUUUACAAACCUCGAAGAGAUUCUCCCGGAGGGUUUCUUGGACCGGACCGCGAAGGUCGGGAAAAUUAUCGGUUGGGCCCCACAAAGCGCCAUUUUGGCGAACCCUGCCGUAGGAGGAUUCGUGUCGCACUGUGGAUGGAACUCGACACUGGAGAGUCUCUGGUUCGGAGUUCCGAUAGCCACGUGGCCGCUUUACGCAGAGCAGCAAGUUAACGCGUUUGAGAUGGUGGAGGAGCUAGGGCUAGCGGUGGAGAUCAGGAACUCUUUCCGGGCAGAUUUCAUGGCGGAGGAGUCGGAUUUAAUGACGGCGGAUGAGAUAGAGAAGGGUAUCCGGUGUUUGAUGGAGGAGGAUAGUGGCGUGAGGGAUAGAGUGAAGGAGAUGAGUGAGAAGAGCCACGUCGCUUUGAUGGAAGGUGGAUCUUCACGCGACGCUCUUCUAAAGUUCAUUCAAGACGUUACUAAGAAUAUCUCUUGA